UAGCUUCUGCAGAAUAUUUUGUUAAAUUUUUCUAUACUAAAACGGUUGUAAGAACAGUACCCGGAUGUAUCUUACCCAGCUACGUGACCAGAUGGUGAGUCAGAUGCGGUGAUUGGCCUCAUCUCCUCAGAGGUAUACGUCAAGUAGAACGUUAGGCCGAGGUCACUUCAGUUAUAACUACGGGAGCAGAGGUGGUAGGCCAUCUUAGGUCAAGCGCAGACGAAAAAAUGUCCGGGCAAUUGGUAGACGUGGCCUUAGGCUUCAAUUUGCCCGUGAGCCUAUCGGACAUAGGGAGCGGGACCUUGAGUGUCAACCCAGUGGCCGGGUUCAUAGUAUCCCUUUUAGCCUUCUUGGUCUUCGUGGCGGUGGUGGGUGUGCCGAUAUCAACCCUCUUCGGCGCUAAACUAUUCUCUGGUUUGGAUUCCUUCUCGAGACAAAGGUCUCUGACGAACGAAUUCGACGUAUCAUCGGUGAUACAGACGAUAACGGGAAACCGAGCGCUCGAAGACUUCUUGAACGAGCCCCUGGACGCUUUCGUAGAGCGCAUGUUUGGUUCUCCAGACGGUGCGAGAUCUCUUACGACCGUUGAAGACGUUUUCCUUGCGGCGAGUGAUAUCCUGUUACCCUUGAUAUCUACUCUUGAUUAUGACAACACUUUCCUGGCUAUUCCGAUUCCAGGAAACGACUGCCGUCAGAAGUUAAUGUGCCACGUUCACUCACUGAUUUCAAAGCUACCCGAUCCUCUGCAGCAGGCCUAUGACUUCAUUGGGCCAGCGAUGCAGAAUUACGACACGUACUCCGAAGCCAUCAUCACGGGGCUCUCCGGAGGCGACUGCGAUGCUCCGUACCGCGGAUGUCCUUACUCCCUUUCCCAGCUGGCGUCCUUCGUGCCCUUCCUCAAGGGGAAGUCGCAGUACCUAGGUUCUAGUGAGCUUUAAAUGUUAUUGGUAAUUGAUUGUUCUAUUUAACUGACUUGUUGUGUGCGGUUAAUUAUUUGCUAUAAGGUUAGGAGCGUUGCUGAUCUAUUUUUUUUGAUAAGGAAUUUUUGUAAUGUCUGUGUAAUGGUUUGUUAUAAGGCUUGGAAUAUUUCUGAUCCCUUGUUCAUGAAAAAUGAGGUAGUUUUUGCUCAUUUUGUUCUGCGUAAUGCCUUGUUAAAAGGAUGGAAACGUUGCUGAUCUCUUGUUCGUGAUAAAUAAAGUAGUAGUUUUUGUUCCUUUUUCGGUGUCGUGUAUGGUUAUAAGGCUUGGAAUGUUACUGAUCUUUUACUUAUGAUAUGUAAACUAAAAAAUUUUCUUGUUAAUGUGUUCUUUCUAUUUUUUGUAAUCAAAAGUAAGUUUCUGAUGUGUCAUGAUUAAAUUUUUUUUGCUGUAUUUAAUUGCUCUCGUGUUUAUUGCAUCCAUUUCUGAACUCGAAAUAAAAUACUGGAAACCUGAUGAUUUUGUAAUUAGCAAUGUCACUGGUGGCACCUGAUUGCAAAGAUCACCCGAGGGAAAUAUCAGAUAGGCGGUUUUCUCUUUAUUAAGCAAAACGCUUUCGAAUGAGUGGUUUAGGGAGACAAUAAGAUAAUUGUACGUCUUCCUUUCUCUCUCUAAGGAUGUGUGUAAAUGUAUAAAUCGCGGUUGUUUACAACUAUCCGUUUCCUUUAAAUAAAAUUUGUAUUGUAUAACAGCGCUG